GCUUCGCUCCUUCCUGUUGCUGCCAUUCUCUUGGCGGAGGCAUCUGGGGUUCCAGGCGGGCGGCAGCUGCUGGCCAACCGCCUGGCUCGCGGGAUGGACUGGCCCCACAACCUGCUGUUCCUUCUGACCGUCUCCAUCUUCCUGGGGCUGGGCCAGCCCAGGAACCCCAAAGGCAAGAGGAAGGGGCCAGGGCGGCCUGGAACGCUGGCUUCUGGGCCUCACCAGGUGCCGCUGGACCUGGUGUCACAGGCGAAGCCGUACGCCCGCAUGGAGGAAUACGAGAGGAACCUCGGGGAGAUGGUAGCCCAGCUGAGGAACAGCUCUGAGCCGGCCAGGAGGAAGUGUGAGGUCAACCUGCAGCUGUGGCUGUCCAACAAGAGGAGUCUGUCGCCCUGGGGCUACAGCAUCAACCACGACCCGAGCCGCAUCCCCGCGGACCUACCGGAGGCGCGGUGCCUGUGUCUGGGCUGCGUGAACCCCUUCACCAUGCAGGAGGACCGCAGCAUGGUGAGCGUGCCUGUGUUCAGCCAGGUGCCCGUGCGCCGCCGCCUCUGCCCGCUGCCACCACGCACGGGGCCCUGCCGCCAGCGUGCGGUCAUGGAGACCAUUGCGGUGGGCUGCACCUGCAUCUUCUGAAUCAGAGCCUGCGUGGGGGGGGGGGGGGGGGCGGGGCGCGGAGACCACCCUCCCUGCGCCCCCGCGCCAAGCCAGGCCAAUGAAAAGUAAACGCUGUCUUUUGUAAAGCGAGACUUUGGGUUCGCUCCUUGGGGCUCAGAAGCUGAAACCAGGGUGGGGGGUGGGAGGCUGUUGGGAUGUAGAUUUCAGAUCAAUAAA